AUGAAGUUUGGCCUUGCUCUCGCAGGCCUCCUGCCUUUCGUUGGCUCUGCACUCGCUCAAACUAGUGCAUGGUGCGACCCUCAAAACGGGCUUUGCUUCCAGGCACUGCAAAAGAGGAACCUACUCGACCCCGGAGACACAUCAAAGACCUAUGAUCUUACCAUUGGUGUUGCAUUCCCGACUUCGACCUCCUCGACCGAGUUUAUUGGCGAAAUCGUCGCCACCAGGAACGUUGCAUAUGCUGGUUACGAUCUCGGAGGUGCAAUGGCAAACAACCUCAUGCUCAUCGUCUGGCCGAAUGGCAACAACUUUGUUUGGAGCACCCGUAUGGCGAGCGGCUAUGUGAUGCCCGUACCGUACUCUGGUCCGACUAUCACUCAGUUGAGCUCAUCCAUGAUGAACUCGACUCACUGGAAGUUUGUGUACCGCUGCCAGGGCUGCACUAGCUGGACCGACACGACCGGCACUUUGCGUACCAUGUCGACGACGAACCAAGUCCAAGGUUAUGGCGUCUGCUUGAGCUCUGCUGCAAACUGUGUUGUUACCCCCUCGAGUGCCUCCUCUACCAUCCAGCAACACAUCGAUUUUAACAUGUGGGGAAUGGACAUUUCCAGCGCCCGCACGAGCCAGUACAACCAAUACCUUACCGGAACUGGUGGAACAACCACCUCUAGCCCUAGCUCGACGAGCACUUCUACGCGUACAAGCAGCACGACAUCGACAACUUCCACUGUUAAACCUACUCCUUAUGAUUACAUCGUCGUCGGUGCUGGUGCUGCAGGUAUCGUCGUCGCGGACCGUCUUUCCGAGGCUGGAAAGAAGGUUCUGCUUCUCGAAAGAGGAGGACCUUCUACCAAGGAGACUGGUGGCACACGUGAAGUUCCAGCGUGGGCUGCGUCUACAGGGCUUACUCGAUUCGAUAUCCCUGGUCUUUUCGAGAACAUGUUCGGUGCUGACAACCCAUGGUGGUGGUGCACAGAUAUGACCGUAUUCGGCGGUUGCCUCGUCGGUGGCGGAACUGUCAUCAACGGUAUGCUCUACUACCCACCUCCCGAUUCCGAGUUCACGGCUGCGCAAGGGUGGCCGGCAGAAUGGCGGCUCCCGGGCACGGCGAGGAACAAGAUGCUUGCACGUCUCCCAUCGUCAAACAACCCUUCCCCGGACGGUGUCCGCUAUCUCGACCAAGUCUACGACUUGCUCAAGAUUCACUUUGCCAAGAAGGGAUACCAAGAGGCUGUUAUUAACGACAAUGUCGAUUGGAAGGAUUCCAUCUUUGGUCACCCGCAAUACAACUUCAAGAACGGUAUCCGCUCGGGUGUUACACACACAUACCUCCAGACCGCCAAGGCCCGUUCAAACUUCAAGCUUCUCACCUAUACCUUUGCCCAGUCCGUCAAGCGUAACGGCGCUACCAUCACUGGUGUGCAAACGAACAACACAAUCGAUCUCCCCAACGGUCUCGCAACCCUCACCGCCAACGGACGAGUCAUUCUCUCUGGUGGUGUUUACGGUACUGCUCGCCUCUUGUUCUUGUCUGGUAUCGGUCCAAGCGACAUGCUUGGCCAGGCUGCUGCAUCGAGCCUUUCAAGCCUCAUGCCACCUUCGUCUCAGUACAUCAACCUUCCAGUCGGAUACUAUGUAUCUGAUAACCCAUCGAUCAACUUGGUGUUCACCCACCCGAUGGUGGACGACUAUGACAACUGGCAGCCCAUCUGGUCCAACCCUCGUACCGCUGACGCCAACAAGUAUGUUGCGAGCCGCUCUGGUGUGUUUGCCGGCUCUUCGCCGCGCUUCAACUUCUGGAAGGCCCUUGGCGGACCCGACGGUGUUACUCGCUACAUGCAAGGAACUGCUCGCCCUGGUGGAUGGCCGUCGACCAACUUGCCCUACAAUGACACUGCUGUCUUUACGAUCACCUUCUAUCUCUCGCAAGGUGUCACGUCGCGUGGUCGUAUCGGCAUGAACAGCGACCUCAAGGGCAUGCCCCUCACCGCGCCCUGGUUCCAAGACCCAACCGACAAGACGGUUCUCAUCAAGGGUAUUAGCGAUGCUAUCGCUGACAUGAAGACCAACUUGCCACCGGGCCUCGUCAUGAUCACUCCUGAUAGCACUACGACGCUGCAAGCAUUUGUUGACAACUAUGACAAGUCGAGCAUGAACUCGAACCACUGGGUUGGCUCAACUCGCAUCGGAACGAGCGCCAGCACAGCCGUAGUUGACACCAACUGCAAGGUGUUCAACACGAACAACUUGUUCGUCGUCGAUGCUGGUAUCAUCCCUGGGCAACCCAUGUCCAACACUCACGCUUCGGUCAUGACGGUUGCUGAGAUGGCUGUGGCUCGCAUCUUGGCUCUCUCUGGCGGUCCUUAA